UCUAGCUGUGGAUGACGGAGGGACCGGGCGGCAGCGUGACCUCACACACCGCCUCCUCCUCCUCCUCCUGGACUCCGGGUCUGUCCUCCUGACCCGGAGCACGACCAGAGCAGGAACCACCGGGUGACUAUGCGGGACCCGCGGAACUGGACCCCGGGAUUCGGGCAAGCGGAGCGCGGAAAACCAGCCACCUACACCGGGGAGAAGAAGGCGAAGCUGGUGGCCAAAGCCAACAAGAAGUGGGUGAGGCUGGCCACCGUGGUGGUCUACGUCCUGUCCGUGUCCCUGGCCGCCGUCGUCCUGGCUGUGUACUACAGCCUCAUCUGGAAACCCACACCCGGACCCGGACUGACCCGCACCGGGGACCCGAGAGCCACGACCUCCAGGACCGAGUCCAUGAAUAUACCUGAGGAUGUUCGACGUCACAGACCUGAUCAGACCGGACAGUCAGAGGACCGGGUCUGUGGAGGUCUCUCCUCAGGUUCCACCGGUCCUCUCCACUGGACCGACCGAGCCCCCUCAGGCCGGACCAGGCUUCGCCCACGCGGCUCUGACCACCGCCGAGCCGCCACCUGUCACCGCGGAGGAUCCAUCCAACCUCCCGACACACCGGGCCGCGGCGGGCCGGGAAACGGCAGCUGAUGUCGGGUGGACGGAGGCGGACUCCUCCGGUUCCGGGACGGUGGAGUAAAAGUGAUUGUUUUCAAAAUAAAAUGAUGAUGAUGUUGAUUAUUAUUAUUACUCUGUGACACUUAAAACAGGUUUGACUUUAAUUUACAUGUUCAAUGAAUUUCUUUAUGAUUGAUUUAUGAUUUAUUGAUCUGUUUCUGUUUGAUCAGUUAUUUAUCAUCAGUGAUUAUUUCCUUGUGUAACAGUCUGUUUAGUUCAUCUGCUCACAUAGCUACUUAUAUCCUCUUAUUUCAUUAUUAUUAUUGUUUCCAUAUGAAAAUGUAUUUUGCACAUUUUAUUAACUGUACUCAGCAGAGACUGAAGCUGUGGUGACAUUUACUCUCAGCUCUCUUGGUUUAAACUGUUUAAA